AUUACUAGAAUGCCCCGCGGAAUUCAAUAUGGAGUUGAUUGGCAUUAUACCUGAACUCAUGGUAAGCUAUACCAAAGGAAAUGAUGAUUUCCGAACUCACCCAAAACGGAAAUCUGAUUCCGAUAUUGCGGGGGGCAUACUUAACAUACUCAUGAACUCCCGCAAGACAAUUAUUUGAUAUGCAACAGCUCGUUCUGACUCCCAAAGGAAGCCAUGCAGUCUAACAAACAAGCCCUCGGCUCCCUCUCACUGGGCCAACAUCCCUCACACAGCCUUGACCACAAAAUCCAACUCACAUCCAAGUACGGAUUCACGGGCAUCGAAGUCGUCUUCUCAGACCUACAGACCUACUCUGACAAGCACAACAUCUCCAUCCUGGACGGAGCCGCCCGAAUCAAACAAUUAUGCGACGCAAACAACGUGGAAGUUCUCGCUCUCGCGCCCUUCGAGAACUUCGAAGGCGCCCGCUCCCCACUCAGCACCAGACUGGCCACAGCAAAACACUGGCUUGCCAUCGCUCGGAUCCUCAAGGCCCCUUAUGUCCAGGUCCCAUCGCAAUUCAACCCCGACGCCAUCACAGACGAGAACGUGAUCGUCCAUGAACUCCAACAGCUCGCGGACCUCGGCAGCGCCGAAACGCCCGUCGUUGCCAUCGCUUACGAGUACCUCUCCUGGGGAACAUACUGCUCAACAUGGGACACGGCCCUCCGACUCGUGCAGCUUGUCAAUCGGCCGAACUUCGGUCUGUGCCUGGACACUUUCCACGAACUCACCAAGCUCUGGGGCAGUCCGUUCGAGACCUCCGGAAAAUAUCCCUCCGCCGACCAGGACCUCCGUGACUCGCUCCAGCGCUUCAAGGCCACCGUCCCGCUCGAGAAAAUCUUCUACGUCCAGCUCUCCGACGGUGAGCGGUUCGAUCCGCCCUUCUCAGCGUCUCAUCCGUGGUAUGUAGAAGGCGAGGCACCGGAGUUCACGUGGUCGAAGCACGGGAGGCCGUUUCCGCUAGAGACAUCGCUGGGCGGGUAUAUGCCAGUCCCGGAGGUCGUGAAGACGUGGGUGCUAAAGACGGGGUUUCAGGGUUGGAUUUCGAUGGAGGUGUUCGAUCGGCAGAUGCGUAGCAGGGAGUUUGAGCCCGAGACGGCGGCCAUUCGGGCUCGGGAAUCGUGGAGGAAAGUCCAGGCCGCCGUGGGUCCGCCGAUGGGGCGCCUCUAGAAAUUAGUCAUCUACUUAUAGGCACGUGAUCAGAUCGUCUGUCGGCCGACUGAAAUGCAAAUGCCGAGUUUUUCCGCAUUCCGUCCUCAUCCCAUCCCGACAUUCCUGUAUAGAGCCCGCUCUGAUGAUGAUUCCUGAGCCGCCAGGGCCGCCGACGCUGCGUCGAUCUUGCUUGGCCUGUGCGAAAGGCAAGCGCCGUUGUGAUCAGCGGUGGCCGAAAUGUAGCCGAUGCCAGAAG